AUGGCCACAAAGGUCUCCGUCGAGGGAAGUGGGCCCUCGUACGCGUCUGUGUUAAAUUUCGGCGGCGUCGAGAGUAACAAAGAAAACAUUGAGUCCACGGAGAUAGUGGGUACUCCUCCUCGACAUGAAGACGAGGGGGAGGAAGGUUUUGUGCCUGUGGUCUCGCACGCGCGUAGACCGGCGAAGAGUCGCAAGGAGAGGGAGAAGCGAGCAGCUCCCAGGCCUCCCAAGGCCGCUCAAGCACACACUGAGCCCCAACCUGCCGAACAGCCAGCGUCAACAGAGGCUCAACCAAAGAAGUUUGUUGAGGCACCAAUACCUAAAGUCAAUCCUUGGCAGGUCCGAGGUGGCAGUACGGGCGUUCCACCGCCCGCCCCGCCAGCUAUCCAUGACACGGAGAAGCGUUCGCCGCUGCUGCCGCAUCAUCAGCACCAGCCGAGGCCGGUGCCCGUUGCGCUACCGGUUGUAGCACCAGCCGUAGCAACAGCAGUGCCGGAGCCGAUUGUCGUUGCACCGGCAGCGGCACCAGCUCCCAAGCCGCCGACAGUCGUGAAAGCAGCGAAGAAUGCCAAAGUCAAUCAAAAGGCUUCUGACUUCACUGACAUCGGCGAUUGGCCCACAUUAGGUGCAGCUGUAGCAGCCAGGUGUCACUCCACGCCCCCACCCCACGAUGCUGAUCCAGCGCAUCACAACGGGAACGCGGAUCAGGAACGAAAACCGCCCGAGGAGCCAAAACCGGAGAAGGUGGAGCAGCACAACCACCAGCCGCAGAACGAUAAGCACGCACACGUCGACAAGAAUAAGAACUCGGGAGGUGGCAAGGGUGGUAACAAAUCGGGGAAGCACAAAUGGGUCCCGCUGGACAUCGACGUGAAAGCGGCGAGGCCCGGCAAACAUGCCCAGCACAGCGUCAGGCAGGAUCAUGACACCGUGUCCCUAAAUGGCGAGGAUAGCCGCGGUCGCGGAGCCCUCAGGGGGCGUGGGGCGAUGCGCGGGGGCCGGGGUGCCCGUCGCCCCGGACCCAGGCCGGCAUCGGUUCACUCACACCCCCAUCCGUUAUACCACCACCCGGAUUAUCCGCACCACGAAAUGCCCCAGCUGCGAGUCGCUCAGCCGGCGAUGCCGCAGGGGCUCGUGCUGCACUACGGGCUGGGAGCGCUCGGACCGCCGCAGGCCUUGGCGCCAGGGGCGCUAACCCCCACAAUGGCGCCGCCGUUGGCCCAGGCGUACUACUUCGGAGGAUCCACUACGACCGCUGCCCCCUACGGCAUAGGGCUCGACCCGGUCACGCUGAAGGAUCUCAUAAAGAAGCAGAUCGAGUACUACUUCAGCCCGGACAACCUUGCGCGCGACUUCUUCCUGCGCCGCAAGAUGUCAUCGGACGGCACCAUACCGGUGACGCUAAUCGCCUCAUUCCACCGCGUGCGUGCGCUCACCGCUGAUGUGCAGCUGGUGUUGGACGCGAUACGCGACUCAGAUAAGCUACAGCUGAUACAGGGAUUCAAGGUGCGUACUGCGAUCGAACCUAUGAAAUGGGUGCUUUCCGACUUAGCCCUGAGCGCGACCGAAGAAGCGGAGAGAAAUGAACGAAUGGAAAGAGCCGAUGUAGACUCGGACAAAUCCCAGAAAACCGACACGACCGGACAGGACGCGACCCCGGAUAACCCAAACUCGUACCAAGAAAUUGCGCACGCGAACCCGGAUCAAAUAACCGCGGUUAACGAAAACCCGGAUCAAAUAAUCCCGGUUAAUGCAAACCCGGAUCAAAGUACUGCUGAUAACGCAAUACAGGGAAAUGAAAGCGCCCAUAACGCGAGCCCGGAUUUAAAAAUUGUUAAUGCAAUCUCGGAUAACUCGAACCCGGGUAACGAAACUGCUGAUAAAGAGGAGAGUGAGGAUUUUCGCGGUGAGCGGAUAGAAGACCCGCCGAGGAUAGAACAGUGUGACUUGGAUGUCACCACGCAGAAAACUAUCCAAGAGACGACGACUGCGCGGCAAUCCGCUAGCGAAAAACCACAGGAAAAAGAGAUUGAAAGUAGCGAGGCAAGAGAAGAGGCGAAGAGCGAGUUGAGAAGUGAAAAGUCAGAGUCCAAUGAUGAUCCUCCGCUGCAGUCCGAUGGAUCUGAGAAGACAGGCGAGAAACGUCGCAAGAAGCAGAUGGUCGGUAUAUUCCCUUUGGCGACCAUGGGCGGUCCGCUCGUGGCGCCCGUGUCCAGUCUGCUGAGAUGCGUACCACCACCGCCGCUGCCAAGAAUGUUCCGUAGCACUCGCGGAACCGGAUCAGUCUCGCCCCUCGCGCGAGAAAACCUUAAUCCGGAUGUGCCCGAGUUUGUGCCGCAAUCGGUUAGGCAACAGGAACCGAACCCCAAUAAGUCUGAAGAAGUUGUGGAGCAAACCAGCGUAACCAGUCCGGCUGGAGAUAGGACGGAUCCUGAUGUGUGGACUGAGGUCAAGCGCCGCACGAAGGCAGGUUCUCGCGAACGCGGUAACGCUCGUGAGGAGCCCGAGGAGGUCCGCGAGGAGCUGCACUUCCAGCUUGACGAGGAGUUGGAUCUGCCGCCGCCGAGGCAUAACACCUUCACGGACGCUUGGUCCGAUGACGAAUCGGACGUCGAGUUCACGGACGGCGACAUAGGCCGUCUGCUCAUCGUCACUCAAACGAGCACGAGAGCGCCGAAACACGACGGCUACGAUCGCCAAGGAGAUUGGUCUACGCGCACCAAGAUCACUCAGGAUUUGGAGCAGGUGAUCACAGAUGGACUCAGACGCUACGAAGAAGAUUUGUGGGGCGAAUAUUCAACGUGCAAUAGCGGUAGUCAGUACCGCACGGUCUCCGUGAUAAGUCGCGAACAGUUCGAAGCGACAAUGCCAGCGGAGAAGCACCAGAACCCAGCUGAACCGCCACCGCCGCCACCGCAUCAAACGCAACAGAUGGAGCAAUACGAAUCGAGCGGAAAAGUGAAACGGCCAAGACGCACCGCGCGUUUCUACGCGGCCAGCAAGGACCCGCACGCGACUGACGUCAUAACUAGCCGCAAGCACAAGACGCGGCACAGCCUCAACCCGCCGGUGGAACACCACAUCGGUUGGGUUAUGGACGUUCGCGAACAUAGGCGGCAUCAUAGAGACAGCGGAUCGUCGCUAGGCACAUCGCCAACGUUAGGCUCCUCAUGUGGCUCCGCUCCGCAAUCGCUGCCCGCUUUCCACCACCCGUCGCACGGGCUUCUGCGAGAGAACCACUUCACACAGCAGGCCUACCACAAGUACCACUCACGGUGUCUUAAGGAACGCAAGAAGCUCGGCAUCGGUCAGUCUCAAGAGAUGAACACGCUCUUCCGUUUCUGGUCUUUCUUCCUUCGGGACCACUUCAACAGGACGAUGUACAACGAAUUCAGGACGCUAGCGAACGAAGACUCGGCUGCCGGCUUCCGUUACGGGCUGGAAUGUCUAUUCCGAUUCUAUUCCUACGGACUGGAGAGGAAGUUCCGACCGGAGCUAUACCAGGACUUCCAGACUGAAACGAUACAGGACUACGAGAAGGGUCAACUGUACGGCUUGGAAAAGUUCUGGGCGUUCCUCAAGUACUACAAGCACGCCGCCGCACUUCAAGUGGAGCCCAAGUUGAAGGGAUACCUCGCCAACUUCAACACGGUCGAAGAUUUCCGAGUGCUAGAGCCACAACUCAACGAGCUGCUCGGUGCGCAUGGACCAAACGCGCCCGGGCGCGGCCCCCACGCACGCCCCUACGAUAGACACAGAUCUGUGUCCGAGAGCGAUAGGCAGCACAACCAACAGCACAGGAAUUAUUUCAAGGUCCCAAACACAUCUGGCAAUACUGAACGCGGUCGCGCCGGUUCGUGCGGGGCGCAGAGCGUCGUCGCUAUCAAUAGGACCAGACCGCCGAAAUCAAAACCGGAUAGCUCCGAAAUGAAGCAACCGGUCGCAGCGCGCACGCAGUGA